GAACAUAAUCCCGGAUGAAAGUUUUAUCCAUUAACUAGGAAGACUUUAGGACCCGCGAAUGUUCAUGCAAUUGAGACCUACUUCCGGGAAAUCAAUGUCCGAGAGGGGAUUAGUUCGAUGAAACGUUUAUUUUCUUUACUACUUUAGAAGAAAGAGCACAACGAUAUGCAUUAAAGUUCGUGACAUUAUCAUGACAUAAACUUGAACAAAUCGGGAAAAAUAGGCAGAAAUAAGCUUAGAAGGUCUAUGAGCAAGAAUGAUGACGGAGGACAUGUUGACCAUUUGUUUAUGUAAACUAAGGUGACUAGAAGAUGAACCCGCUAUCAUCAAUUCUAACAUGGAUGUGUAUCCUUCCAAUUAUAGGAGCAGAAUUUGUGAGUCUCUGUUAUUUUACCAAUUGGGCGAAUAGUCGCCCUGUUGAGAAAGUUCGCUUUACUAUUGAAGACAUUAACCCAUAUCUGUGUUCACAUCUAAUCUAUGCCUUCGCAGUCAUUAAAACGGAUCAUACGCUAGGUGCUAUGUCUAGCGGAGAGACAGAACGAUAUAAAAAAUUCAACGACUUAAAACUGAAAAACGGAGAAUUAAAAACAUUGUUAUCUGUUGGGGGACAGAAUGCAAAAUCUAAAACGUUUGCAGCUUUAUCUUCUAAAGCCCAAAACAUUGAACAUUUUGCCAAGACAAGUGCUAAAUUUUUAAGAGAUAAUGGAUUCGAUGGUAUUGAUGUUGAUUGGGAAUAUCCGGGCGAGACAGAAAAUACGAAACAACAAUUUACAGCUUUACUAAGAGGUUUAAGAGAAGAGUUUGAAAGAGAAACUAAAGAAUCUGGUAAACCAAGACUCAUAAUAUCCAUAGCAGCACCGGCUGGAAAAAAACGUAUACAUGACGGUUACGAAGUGGAACAAAUAUCUAAGUAUGUGGAUUAUAUAAAUAUUAUGGCGUAUGAUUAUUUUGGACCAUGGAAUAAAAUUGCUGGAUUUAAUAGUCCACUCAAUCCUAGAACAUCAGAUCCAAGAUUUUCAGACCAGUUGAACCAGAAAUGGUCUGUUGGUGAAUGGUUACGUAAUAAAGCACAUAAAGAAAAGAUAGUAGUUGGUAUGACUGGUGCUGGUGCUAGUUUUACAUUAAAUGAUUCAUCAGUAUUUGAUGUUGGUGCUACUGUUGAUGGAGGGGGUACUACAGGUACUUUAUAUCUUAUAGAAGGUCGACUUGUUUACCCCGAGAUCUGUGAGAUGAUAAAGCAAGGCGCUACUGUGAAAUACGAUGAUGAACAGGAAGUACCCUAUGCUUACAAGGGUAAUCAAUGGGUAGGAUAUGACGAUACUAGGAGUAUUCAAGCUAAGGUGAAAUGGAUGUUGGCUGAAGGGUAUGCAGGAGCCAUGUUUUGGUCAAUGGAUUUCGAUGAUUUUGCUGGCAACCAUUGUGGAAAGGGCAAAUUCCCAUUACUUACAGCCAUGCACAACGAGAUCAUAAAAGCUACCAAACCAAAUGUACCUACUGUCACACCUGAUGCAGUCUUAUAUCAUAAACCUGGUGGAGAUGCCUCUCAACUUGUGAUUUGUCGUUUUGUUUUAUGUAUAGCAUCGUUUAUAGCGACAGUGUAUAUUGUUUGGGCUCAUUAACGGGUAAUUGUUCAUAGACUGUCAAGUUUGAAAUACCGUUUUUCCUCAAAAAUUUUUUUAUGGUAUAUUCGACAUUAUGUUCUUAUCAACGCGAACAGUUCUUCCAUAGCUUCGAUUAUACGUAUUCAAUUAGGAUUGAACCAAUUUUGUAUAUAGUGAAAAUGAGGCGUAUUUGAUUGCGGCGAAUACGAAACUCCGAACCUGCUUUGGGUGCCGAUUAUCAAAUUCAAAUACGGUGGCUAACAACAUAUGUGUAGUUGUCUCCUGGUUAAAUAUAUGUCGAUCCACAAAUGUGUUUGUGACUCGUGACUCCAAAAAAGGAAUCAAAUUUCCCAUUCAAUGCAAUCAAUCCCACAGUAAGGGGACUGGGUGGACAUUCGACGAAUUUCUUACAUGGAAUAAAUGAUUUAAAUGGAUAUUAACUGAAUAAAAUACUGAAUAUUAUUAAAUACCCCAAAACACAAGGCUGUUUGUUACUUAAAGAAUAUUAAAUUUAUAUGUUAAUGUUAAAAAUGGUCACUUUAGGACACCAAUAUUUUUAUUCGUUUGUUUCUUGGUGGUUGAUAAAGACAUACCUAUACAAACGGGCGAUUUUCAUGAAACA